AUUAUUUACAUUUAAAGCUGUUGUUAUUUUAAAGGGCUUUAAUGGUUUUCCACCCCCUACACAUGCAGACAAAUGCACCCCACCUGCCCCAGCCCCUCUGCACUCCAUUACUGGACAUGGAUAAGGGAUUCCAGAACAUCCCUGCUCUGAAGUGCUCUUAAUUGAGGGUCUGGACCAGAUUUUCAGCUCUUGUAAACAGGCACAGCUUCAGUGAAAUGCUGCUUUUAUCCUAUCAGCUGCAGAUCUGUCCCAGUCCUGCUGGGUGUUUCUAAAUUGGGAAAAAUGGCUUGUGGAAAUCUCUGAUAUCUUGGGUGAAUAAUGGGGCUGGGCAGGGCAGAGCAUGUCCCAGGUUCUUAUUUUGGGAAAACUGUACAUUGCAAAUAAAAAUAAUUUUUUUCCAUGAAAAUUUCAGGGCUGAGUGUUUUCUCCUGCAUGGAAUAAAUCCUCAGCAGACCCUAUGGAGGCAGAAUUGUCUUAGAGCUUCAGCUGUGCUGAGCCUUGAGGAGGUCUGGGGAAGGAAAGAUGCUUAUCAGUCUAUAAAAAGAGAUUUCUAUUGAAAAUAAACAUUUAAAGUAUAAUGAUGCCUUUUGUUUCUCUGGUUAUGCAGCUGCCUUGGGAUCUGAGCUCCUGGUAAACACGUUGGCCUGGUAAAGGACAUGAUUCAGACUGUCCCCGAUCCAGCAGCUCACAUCAAGGAAGCGUUAUCGGUGGUGAGCGAAGACCAGUCCCUGUUUGAGUGUGCCUACGGAUCACCCCACCUCACCAAGACAGAGAUGACAGCCUCCUCCUCCAGUGAAUAUGGGCAGACCUCCAAGAUGAGCCCACGUGUCCCCCAGCAGGACUGGUUGUCACAGCCCCCGGCCAGAGUCACCAUCAAGAUGGAGUGUAACCCCAACCAGGUGAACGGGUCAAGGAAUUCUCCAGAUGACUGCAGCGUGGCGAAAGGAGGGAAGAUGGUCAGCAGCUCAGACAGUGUUGGGAUGAACUAUGGAAGCUACAUGGAGGAGAAGCACGUUCCACCCCCAAACAUGACGACCAACGAACGGAGAGUCAUUGUGCCAGCAGACCCCACGCUGUGGAGCACUGACCACGUGCGCCAGUGGCUGGAGUGGGCGGUCAAGGAGUACGGGCUGCCGGACGUGGACAUCCUGCUCUUCCAGAACAUCGACGGCAAGGAGCUCUGCAAAAUGACCAAGGAUGACUUCCAGAGGCUCACCCCCAGCUACAAUGCAGACAUCCUCCUGUCACACCUACACUACCUCAGAGAGACUCCUCUUCCACAUUUGACUUCAGAUGAUGUUGAUAAAGCCUUACAAAACUCUCCACGGUUAAUGCAUGCUAGAAACACAGGAGGUGCCACUUUUAUUUUCCCAAACACAUCAGUUUAUCCAGAAGCAACACAAAGAAUUGCAACCAGGCCAGAUUUGCCUUAUGAGCAAGCCAGGAGAUCAGCAUGGACGAGUCACAGCCACCCCAGCCCUCAGUCAAAAGCUUCUCAGCCAUCAUCCUCAACAGUUCCCAAAACAGAAGACCAGCGUCCUCAAUUAGAUCCAUAUCAGAUUCUUGGACCGACCAGCAGCCGACUCGCAAAUCCAGGACUAUAUAUUACAUUUGGAAGGCAAGUGUUUAUGUUAGAACAUAUGUUGGAUUGCUUAUUCAAAAAUUUGUGUUUUGUCCAGUGCUGAACUGUUUAUUGAUUUUCAAAGCCUAAUCCUCUUGUUAUGUUUCGUGUAUUAAAACUUGCAUGCCUUGCUCAUACCAUGGAUUCUUUUGUUUGUUUGUUUAUUUAAUGCAUGUUAAUGGAACAGAAGAAAUUCAUUAAGGCCAGUUUGGAUAAAUACAAUUUAAAUGAAUAUGGGUUUCAGUUGCACUGAAGUAUAAACUGCUAAUGGGUUUCAGAUGCUGCUCUAGCUCGAUAUUGUAAUUGCUACUAUAAGCUUUCUAAAGAAAAGCUUGUUUAUUAUACCCACAUAGCUGGUUUGGAUAAGAAAAAAAGAAAGAAACCCAACCUAUUCCUGGUCAGAGACGUAGUUCAGAGUUAGCACAUCCAGGCUGGUUGGCAAAUUCUGCUGACACCGUGCUUGUGAAACAGAUUGCAUCGCAAGCUGCUUCAGCUGCAUUUUGCAUCAUUUCAGUGUUGCUUUGUUAAGAAAUGCUAAGCUUCUAACACGGCUGUCAGUGGCAAGGCCCUUUGAAAUCUACUUUCACUUGUCUAAAAUGGACAAAUUUUGUUGCCCUACCUCACUUUUGCAAAGUUCACAGCAGACUGUUUUCUUUUUGCUGUGGAAUUGGCAGAGAGCGAGAAAAAUGCAACAGCAACAUUUUAUGUCUUAACGUAAAAUAAUCAUUUUAACUCAUCUGAAGCAGAAUGAUGACAAGGAUGUAUUUUAUGGACCUUUUCACUGUUCUUGCAGUUGUUUUGCCCUCUGCUUGUAUGCAGUGUAACAGCAAGCUAAUAAGUUUCCGUUGUGCAUUUCCCCAAAUGCUGCAAAGGGAUGAUAUGGUUUGGCACGGGCCCAGCUUGCUCUAAACUUCUCCAUUUUGUGUGGGCUCAUUCCAUAGCAGGGAACAUUGAGUUGCAACAUAAUGCUGUGAGAACAAGCCGAGUGUUACGCAAGUGAAAGCUGUUUGUGCUGAACUUUGGAGAUUAGUUUCCUAAAUGAGCCCUGUAUUAUUUCCCCAUCAAUUGUCUGCGCUGAAUGACAUUAGGUAACAAUUAAGCCUCCAUGGAAUGGCAUUCUGCCACUCACAUGAGGGAGAACACGACACAUUACAAUUAUCCCUGCUCUUUAGGGUUUCGUGAGGCAGUCCUGGGAGAAGGGGGACAGUAAUAGUUGCCUCCUCAAGCCAGGUCUCAUAAGCUCUUGGAGGUCUAUUACUCACCCAGGAUAGCUCAGCUACCUUUGGAGGCAUAAAAUCAGCGGGACGGCUUCUGUUGCAGUAUUGGAAACAAAAAAGUUUUAGUAAAAGGCAAAAUAGCAAACAGAGAAAAACCAAACUAGGUGCAAGAGGUUCUUGCUCCUGGUAAAACACUUCAGAAAAGCGAUUUGUGUCUUUGUUCUCGUCUUUUUCUAGUAAAUUGCUCAGGACUUUUUGGCUCCUGUCCAAUUGGCUAUCCUUAAGUUUGAGAUGAAGUUGCCAAGGUCCUAUGAGGUGUCUUUUUCACAUAAUCGAGGAGAGAUGCUUCUGGGCUUCUUUCCUUUUUGAGGGGACAAAGGAUAGUUUUGUCACUCCAUAGUUUUGUCAAAUUCCUAUAGGGGACUGGCUACCAGAAAGAGUUAGGAGCCAACAUUUCCUAAUGGGGUCCUUGAGGAUGAAGCAAAGUAGAAACCUGACCCAAGAGUUCUUUCUGAUAAAAAAGAAUUAGUAGCAAGUGUCACGUGAAAUCAGUGGAAUAAAGAUCUACGAACCUAUUGU